AUGGCUCCCAGUGAAAAGCCCGCCUGGAAACUCCGCGCCGCCCAGAAGCGAGCCGAAGUCCACGCCAGCAUCCCCGCCGAAUACAUCCUCCCGGCAUCCAUCCUCGCCUCCCCGCCCAAGGACACGCUGCAAUGGCUCCGGACCUCGGGCAUCCUGGACCCGACCGAGCUCGAAAUCACCGAGACCACCUCUGCCCCGGUGCUGCUCGACAAGCUCGCCACCGGCGUCUACACGGCCGUCCAGGUCCUCCGCGCAUUCUUCAAGCGCGCCGCCCUCGCGCAGCAGCUCAUCGGGUGCUGCACGGAAAUGUUCUUCCCCUUGGCGCUGCGCCGGGCCGAAGCCCUGGACGAGUACUACCGCUCCUCGGGGGGGAAAGCGGUCGGUCCGCUGCACGGGUUGCCGGUGAGCCUGAAGGACUUGCUGGAUGUGAAAGGGGUGGACUCGACCGAGGGCUGGGUCGGGCAGAUUGGGAAGCCCAAGGAGAAGGACUGCGGGCUUGUCGAGGUGCUCAGGGGGCUGGGGGCUGUGAUGUAUGUCAAGACGAAUAUUUCGCAGAGUAUCAUGAUGGCCGACUCGUACAACCACGUCUUCCUGCAGUCCCUGCACCCGCGCAACCGCGAGCUCAUCUCGGGCGGCAGCUCCGGCGGCGAGGGCGCGCUGGUCGGCAGCCGGGCCUCGGUGAUCGGGUUCGGCACCGACACGGGCGGGUCCGUCCGGAUCCCGUCGCACCUCCAGGGAUGCUACGGGCUCGCGCCGACCGUGGGCCGGCUCGCGUUCGCCGACUCGGCCAAGGCCCGCCGGUUCAUCGCGCCGCCCGUGGUGGGACCCAUCGCGAGCAGCCUCGCCACCAUGGAGUGUGUCCUCGCGGCGUACCUCGGGGCCCAGCCGUGGCUGCGUAACCCGGAGGUGUAUCCCAUCCCCUGGAGGAAGGAGCUUGCUGACGCGGCGCGGUUUGAGCCGGAAAAAGGUGGGAGGAAGUUGAGGAUCGGGUGGUAUCUUGAUGACGGCAAAGCCCUGCCGCAGCCGCCCGUCACGGCGACGGUGCGGAGGGUCAUUGGCCUGCUGCGCACCGCGGGCCACGAGGUCAUCGAGUGGUCGACCGCCGAGCACGAGGAACUCUGGCAGUCCUGGGGGAAAGCGAUCAUGGACGACGGCGGCAAGUACGCCAACGACUCGUGCGCGCUCAGCGGGGAGCCGCUGAUCGAGGGCAUGAUUGUCGGCACGGACGCGGACCUCCUGAGCCAGGACGAGGCCGAGGCUCUCGCCGACUUGCGCGUCGAGCAUCAGAAGGCGUACCUGAAGCGGUGGAGCGAGGCCCGGCUGGAUGCGCUGGUCACGCCGAUCCAGCCGUGGACGGGCCUGCGCAGGCGGGAGUGGGUCAGGAGCGAGCCGCAUGUCGGGCUCACGUGUAUCUGGAACUGGCUGGGCUUCGCGGCGCUGGCGGUGCCGGUGGGCGUGGUCGACGAGGAGAAUGUCAAGGGUGACGAGACCUGGACGAAGCAUCAGCCCAGAAACAACAGCGACAAGAUCAACUAUGAGAGUUACGACCCAGCACUAGUAAUGGGCCAACCUGUUGGUGUCCAGGUUGUUGGCGGGCGGUUUGGUGAGGAGCAGAGCAUUGCAGUGGCCAAGGUCAUUGAGAAGCUGCUUGCAGAGGAUAACGCAAAGAAGGCUUGA